AUGUCAACAGCAGCUUCUCCCAUCAGAGUCCGUUCCAUCGUGAACAACGAGCGUUUUUCGCCACACGGCAGAGUACAAAUGAAAAAUUCUCCUUCGUCAUCCAGGAGGACACCCGUCUCGAGUCAUCCUCCAACUCCUAAGAGAAUCACUUCAGGUAUUUACGACCUUACUCACUGCCAGGAAGCCCACGGGUCUCGCGUUCGCGUUUCCCCCACAAAGAAAACGGGAUCGUCCACCAGGUUAUCCACAACCAAAAGAACUUUACCAGGCAGGAGAUGCUCAGUUGGUAGGCGGUCGUUGCUUAGGACACCGUCUCCAAACAAGCGCCUUAAGACACCAAUCUCCUUGCCAUCUCCCAAGAUUUCGUCAAGCAAAAUGCAGCAGUUAAGGAGGACACCUGCCAUUGGCACGCCGAGUCCCAGAAGACGAUUGUACUGGGACGACGACAAAGAUGUCUUGAUCCUAGAGGACCUCCGACCUCUCGGGAGUCCUGUGACAGGGCUAGGGGCGGGUUCUCUCAAGAAUGAAUCGACAGAGCCUGAUGACAUCCUUGAACUUGAACAACAGUCGCAGAGGCCCAAGAUAUUCGUCAAUAUGUCUGCGUCCGUCACUCGUGCGAUACUUGAAUGGAUAUAUACAGGUGAAUGCACAGAAACGGCCAGUCUUUCGCGAGCUCUACUCGUCGGCAGCAUCCGCCAUGAUGUGACAGGACUAGCCAGGUCCUGCGAAUACCACCUAGCAGCCGACCUCACUCCAGUCAACGCCCCAGAGUUAAUCUUCCUUGCGCACAAGUACUCGGCCUUGAAGCUUAAAGAGUUGGCUCUUGCCUUUGCCGUUCAAGAGGCAGCAGAGGUAACGGCUCAACCGAUGUGGUCCAAUUUGGCCGUUCGAGUCCCGGGUGUGAUAGCAGAGUAUUCGCGUCGCCUGGCGACUCGGGCGACAUCUGUGGCUAAGAAAUAGUUCAACUUGUAUCAACCUUUGCAUAUUUGAAAGCUUGGAGGAUCAAGGACCACGAAGCUAUUCGCCCGGAGGUGUCUCAGUGUUGACGUUAUAUUCCAGCUCAAGAGCGUUUAGUCUUGUAAGUCAUGUGUUUAUGCAAUGAAUGUAAAUAAAAAAAAACUCAGUGAACGUAACUUAUGAUAGUGCCAAAUGAUAAACACUUGAGUAGAUUUUCAAUCCUAAGUGGAGUAAAAGUGCUUUGUAUGGUGUCAUUCAAAUUAAUAUGGAUUGGUAGUUCUAAACUGGAGUAUGUGAACCAGUUUUAUGUGUGCAAUCAUGCUGUAGUCUUAAGUGAUAGUUUUCGUUAGUAUUCUUUUUUAUCUUGUAGAGUAUUACAAGGUUUAAAAAAAAUGUUUCUCCUGUUGAAAUGCCAGAUACUGAUACAUAUAUUGGAAAAUAUUCUAUUAUAGGGUAAAAAAGAAAUCAUAUCAAAGGCUCUCUUGUAUUCAUCAAUAUUGGGCAGCAGUGCCAUUUCCUGAUAUAUAUAUUGUGGGAAAUAUUCUAUUAUAGGAUAAAAAUGAAAUCAUAUGAAAGGCGCUCUUGUAUUCAUCAAUAUUGGGCAGUUUUUGCAAGGUUUAUAUACGGGAAUGUAAACAAGAAUGUUGUAGAAUGUAUAUGGUGCUGAUGAUAAUCGCCUGUUACUGCAAAACCUGCAGUUGAAGCUAGUGACAAUUGCAAACUGAAUAGAAAAUGUUAAAGUUGCACAUGAUGCACUUGCAACGUCCAGAAACUGGAGCGGUGACUACGUUUAAAUUUGCCUUAGAAUGGAUGUUUUGCGGAUAAUGUUGAAUCAUUAGAGAUCUUAAACCUAAUACCCUGAUAAACAUAAUUUGUUGAUCUGUUUUGAAGCAUUAGGUUAUAUAUUGAUCCAAUAAUGUUUUGCAAAUCACUCUGUGUUUUUCCUUCGUGGUCGUAUGAAUCACAACUCACACAUGCUAUCCAGUUUUAUUUUUUUUACAUGAUUUUGUUAAGUUUUUGUGUAAGAAAACAUCAUAUCGAAGCUGAAGUUUUGACAUAGAUCAUAAGAUUGAAUAGUAUGUAGAUUUUCAACGAUGGAAAUCCAUAUCUUAUUGUGCUAAAGAAUAUAUUACAUGUAUGAUUUUCCCGUUACGCUACGUUUCAUAUCUUGCCUUCAAGGCAUAUACCAAUAACUAAAUAUCUUUAUUUUUAAUUGAACACUCUUAUAUGAUUAUACUUUUUGCCCAUAGUAAUGUGUUUGUAUCACAUGUGGAAUUUAUUUAUGUGUAUAUAUGUAGAGAUGGAGUAUGUUCUAUUAAAUUUCUGAUAUUGA